AUAUUAUUAUAUUAUACUGGCUUGAUUCUUGAUUCUUGACUCUCAGAUGCUUGCAUUCCAUUGCAAAAAUUGAACCGGUAAGCACAGUAAAGCAAAAUGAAUCAGAUUUCCAGGGCCCAUACAUACAAUUUAAUUUCCCUGGGAUUCAUUAAUAAAUUGACCCAAACCCAACCAUUUGGCUUCAGCAGAUAAUUAACCCAAACCAAACAUAUAGCUUUCUCUUUUUCUGCAACCAUGUGCUUCACCAUUAAGUGCGACUGCUUUAAGUGCGACUGUGGUGGUGACGGCGGCUGCAUCGACUUCACCUUGGCUCUAUUCUUGCCCCCUGUUGCCGUUUUGAAACGAAGGGGAGUAGUGAAGGAGUUCUGGAUCAGCGUCUGCCUGACGAUGGCUUGUUUUGUACCGGGAAGCCUUUAUGCUGUCAACGUUGUUAAAACCAAGGAUUAAACAGAUCACAAUUGAAAUGUAAUUUGGAGAUUUUAUAUAUGUUUAUUUCGUCGGAUCGUUAAUCAAUUAUCUAUGUUUAA